AUGAAGAAGAUCGUGUUGAAGAGCUCCGAUGAUGAGGGGGUGGCUCUCGAGUAUCAGACCAUAGAGCACAUGGUUGAAGAUGACUGCGUCGACAACAGAAUCCCUCUUCCCAGCGUCACGAGCAAGAUCCUCGCGAAGGUGAUUGAGAACUGCAAAAAGUACGUGGAUGCUACUGCUUCCAAGACAGAGGUCGUGGAUUGUGGUGCUUCCUCCGAAGAUGACAUUAAGGCUUGGGAUUUUUAG